GCCUCGUUCUGAGUCAGGGCAACACCUAGAGAAAACAGGGAGACGCUGAAGGGACAGUAGGGGACUUUGAUAGGUUGUUUACUCAUAAUAUGGGAAUAUUUAAACACUAAAUUGUGACAGUUAAUAUAAAGUCAUCAUUAUACACUACAGAAGGAACAUUUAGAGGGGUCGUUUUUUGUAAAACACUUAAGCAGGCAGCAUGUCGCGGGGAGUGCUGCAGCCUAGCCAGCAAAAGCUGGCGGAGAAACUGACCAUCCUGAACGACAGGGGCAUCGGGAUGCUUACCCGCAUCUACAACAUAAAAAAGCAAGGACAAGUUUGGAAGGCAUGUGGAGACCCCAAAGCAAAGCCGUCAUACCUUAUAGACAAAAACCUUGAGUCUGCUGUCAAGUUCAUUGUCAGAAAAUUCCCAGCUGUGGAAACACGCAACAACAAUCAACAGCUUGCACAACUACAAAAAGAAAAGUCAGAAAUUCUAAAGAACCUUGCUUUAUAUUACUUCACCUUUGUUGAUGUCAUGGAAUUUAAGGACCAUGUUUCUGAACUGUUGAACACUAUUGAUGCUUGCCAAGUCUUCUUUGACAUUACAGUCAAUUUUGAUCUUACCAAGAACUACCUAGAUUUAAUUGUUGCCUACACUACACUAAUGAUGCUGCUGUCUCGGAUUGAAGAACGAAAAGCAAUCAUUGGACUGUACAAUUAUGCCCAUGAAAUGACACACGGGUCAAGUGACCGAGAGUAUCCCAGGCUUGGACAGAUGAUUGUUGACUAUGAAAAUCCUUUGAAGAAGAUGAUGGAAGAAUUUGUGCCCCAUAACAAGGCCUUGUCCGAUGCAUUGCUUUCACUUCAGAUGGUGUAUCCUCGGCGAAAUCUCUCGGCUGAUCAGUGGCGCAAUGCCCAGUUACUCAGUCUUAUAAGCGCUCCAAGCACAAUGCUUAACCCUGCUCAAUCAGACACUAUGCCAUGUGAAUAUCUUUCUCUGGAUGCUAUGGAGAAGUGGAUUGUUUUUGGGUUUAUUUUGUGUCAUGGAGUCCUGAACACAGAUGCAGCUGCACUUAGUCUGUGGAAGCUUGCCCUUCAAAGCAGCUCUUGUCUCUGCCUAUAUAGAGAUGAAGUCUACCAUAUUCACAAAUCUGCAGAAGAUUUAUUUGUGAACAUUAGAGGCUACAACAAACGUAUUACUGACAUCAGAGAAUGCAAAGAGGCUGCAUUAGCACAUGCUGGAUCCAUGCACAGAGAAAGGCGCAAGUUUUUAAGGUCUGCGCUGAAAGAACUAGCCACAGUUCUUGCUGACCAACCUGGAUUAUUGGGCCCAAAGGCACUUUUUGUAUUUAUGGCUCUUUCCUUUGCCCGAGAUGAAAUUAUCUGGCUUCUUCGUCAUGCUGAUAACAUCCAGAAGAAAAGUGCAGAUGAUUUUAUAGACAAGCAUAUUGCUGAAUUGAUAUUUUACAUGGAAGAACUGAGGGCACAUGUGCGGAAAUAUGGACCAGUAAUGCAGAGGUACUACGUGCAGUACUUAUCUGGAUUUGAUGCUGUUGUACUGAAUGAACUUGUUCAGAAUCUGUCUGUCUGCCCUGAAGACGAAUCAAUCAUCAUGUCUUCAUUUGUGAACACGAUGACUUCCCUCGGUGUAAAACAAGUUGAAGAUGGGGAGGUGUUUGAUUUCAGAGGCAUGAGGCUUGACUGGUUCAGAUUGCAGGCUUACACCAGUGUAUCCAAGGCUUCACUGGGUUUGGCAGAUCACAGAGAACUUGGCAAAAUGAUGAACACUAUUAUUUUUCAUACUAAAAUGGUGGACUCAUUGGUGGAAAUGUUGGUUGAAACAUCUGAUCUCUCCAUAUUUUGCUUUUACAGUCGUGCUUUUGAGAAGAUGUUCCAGCAGUGUUUGGAACUGCCUUCACAGUCCAGAUACUCCAUUUCUUUCCCACUGGUCUGCACCCAUUUCAUGAGUUGUACCCACGAGCUUUGCCCCGAAGAGCGACAUCAUAUUGGAGAUCGGAGUCUCUCUCUGUGUAACAUGUUUUUGGAUGAAAUGGCAAAACAAGCUCGAAAUCUCAUUACAGACAUCUGCACAGAACAAUGCACUCUUAGUGACCAGUUACUGCCAAAACACUGCGCCAAAACCAUCAGUCAGGCAGUGAACAAGAAGUCGAAAAAACAGACUGGAAAGAAAGGAGAACCUGAGCGAGAGAAGCCUGGAGUGGAGAGCAUGAGAAAGAAUAGGCUUCUAGUUACCAACUUGGACAAACUACACACUGCUCUUUCUGAACUUUGUUUCUCUAUCAAUUAUGUACCAAACAUGGUUGUUUGGGAGCACACCUUCACUCCAAGGGAAUAUUUGACUUCACAUCUGGAAAUCCGCUUCACCAAAUCCAUUGUUGGGAUGACUAUGUACAAUCAGGCAACACAAGAGAUUGCAAAGCCCUCUGAACUGUUGACAAGUGUAAGGGCUUACAUGACAGUGCUACAGUCCAUUGAAAACUAUGUACAAAUUGACAUUACAAGAGUGUUCAACAACGUCCUCCUACAGCAAACCCAGCAUUUGGAUAGUCAUGGAGAGCCCACAAUAACCAGCCUGUACACCAACUGGUAUCUAGAAACUUUACUGAGACAAGUGAGCAAUGGACACAUUGCAUACUUCCCAGCAAUGAAGGCCUUUGUGAAUCUUCCUACAGAAAAUGAGCUAACUUUUAAUGCAGAGGAAUAUUCAGACAUUUCAGAGAUGAGGGCUCUUUCUGAGCUGCUGGGUCCCUAUGGUAUGAAGUUUCUCAGUGAAAGCCUGAUGUGGCACAUUUCUUCCCAGGUGGCUGAACUCAAGAAACUUGUGGUGGAUAAUGUUGAAGUGCUUACACAAAUGAGGACCAGCUUUGACAAACCAGAACAGAUGGCAGCACUGUUCAAGAAAUUAUCAUCAGUUGACAGUGUACUGAAAAGGAUGACCAUUAUUGGUGUAAUUCUCUCAUUCCGCUCGCUAGCCCAGGAAGCACUUCGAGACGUGUUGUCCUGUCACAUUCCCUUCCUUGUAAGCUCAAUUCAGGACUUUAAGGACCACAUACCAAGGGAAACGGAUAUGAAGGUGGCAAUGAACGUCUAUGAGCUUUCGUCAGCUGCUGGCUUGCCCUGUGAGAUUGACCCAGCCUUAGUUGUGGCAUUAUCUUCCCAGAAGUCUGAGAAUAUCAGUCCAGAAGAAGAAUACAAAAUAGCCUGUCUCUUGAUGGUUUUUGUGGCAGUUUCAAUGCCAACCCUGGCCAGCAAUGUGAUGUCACAAUACAGCCCUGCCAUUGAAGGGCACUGCAACAACAUUCACUGCUUGGCAAAAGCAAUAAACCAGAUAGCUGCUGCAUUGUUUACCAUCCAUAAGGGCAGCAUUGAAGACCGUCUCAAAGAGUUUCUAGCUCUCGCAUCUUCCAGCUUGUUGAAAAUCGGACAGGAGACGGAUAAGACAACGACACGGAACAGGGAAUCGGUUUAUUUGCUGCUCGAUAUGAUUGUGCAAGAGUCUCCUUUCCUUACAAUGGACUUGUUGGAGUCUUGCUUCCCCUACGUCCUGCUGAGGAAUGCAUACCAUGCCGUCUACAAGCAAAGUGUCACAUCUUCAGCAUAAAUAUCAUCAUUGAACUUGAGCCAAGGAAUGACCAGAAUAAUCAUUGCAUUGGUAAUAGCAUAACUGUGGGGUUGUUUUACAUUGUAGUCUUAAAUGAUUUUGUGAAAUCAGACCACUUUUUCAUAAAGUUGUAUUAAUGACCAGUUGUUUCCUAUAAUGAUUAUAGUAAUCUAUAAACUUGGUUGAUAAGGAUUAGUGGACUACUACAACCAUUUUUGAAAAGGACCUGUGUUAGAAAACACUACUUUUAAUUAAACUCAUUUCUUGAUUGGAUUUUAAGUAUGUUGCUUGUUUAUUGAUAGCUAUGCUUAAAUGAUAAAUAGUGAUUAUUUUAGUUGGUGGUUCUAGCUUUCAUCUGUGUGGGUUAUAAUGUGUAUUUUUUUGUGGAUUCGUGUUUUUUUUUUUUUUUUUUUUUUUUUUUCUUUUGAAAUAUUUGCCAAAUUAUGACACCUAUAUAAAAUCUCAUUUUGUUCAAUGUUGGGCAGAAUUGUAGUUAACUACAGAAUAUUCUAAGCAACAGAACAUGUUGUUUGUACAAAGCAUAGUAUAAUUUUUUUAACUUAACUUUCAUGGAGCCUUGUUGGCAUUAACAUCACCAUUGUACCCUUCUGUAUGGUAUGAUAAACAUUAUUACAUAUUUAUCGAAUGUUGAUAAAUUGCUAUCCCUUAACUACUUUUUUUUUAUAUGUUUUCAAUUUUUGAAACUUCUGUGUAUCUUCCAUAACAUAAAAUA